UCUCCGACCCCGAUCGAUCUCAAUGAGAUCCCUCAUUUUUCCUCUCUUCUAUGCUGCUCCCGCUCGGCCCCGAUGGAGAACAAUCCGAGCACUACGUUGGUGACGCAAGCUCCGGCAGCGAGAUCAAUAAUGGAGGAGACUACUCAUCUAGCUUCGAAUUCGCUGGUCUAUGCCGAUGUUAGCACUCUCCGUGGCGAAGGCGGCGACGCGUAUGAUUAUUGCGACCCAGAAAGCGAUUCGGCAAUUGACAAACAUCAGCCUCCAGACGGAAUAUGUGAGCUGCUCUGCCUCUCCGGAUUGCUAUCCAGCUGAGUCCCGUUAGAUCACCACCACAGCUCAAUCUGAAUAACAUCAAGUCCUUGCCGGUAAAACUAGUAGGCCUCCCUUGCCGGCAAUCGGCCUCGUCAGGUAGGAAGUCUCCGAUGAGACGUUACAAAUGAGUCAUUUAUGUGACCUCGAUUUAAAUUCUUAUUUUGAGAUGGAAAAAUACAUCUUUAUGGCGCUUUAUGAUCUUUAAAUCUCAUUUUUAGAUGGUAUGAAUAUCAGAAUAUUAUAACAUCAUCGAUGGUAUGUAUCGAAUUCAAUGUUGAAGAAACGUUUUAGAAAGCCCAUUAUUGAGAUCUUAACCUAUUUCCCCAUUAACUACGUCCUAAGCCUUAAGUAGGGUUAAUAAAGGGCACAUUGAAGC